GCAGACGGUUGAGUAGCUCUGGCAUGCCAAUGGGGGAGAAGACGCAUCACACACGUGCAUUGUAAGGAGUGUAAGUUGUCAGCCAGGGAGGCUCAGGAAGGGAAGGCGCUCGGAGGCAGAAAGCCAGCAGAAAGCAGCCAAUGAGGUUGAUUGAGGCCAUCACAGAAGUUGCGCGAUGCUUCUCUGAUUGGAAUUCAUGAACAGCUUGUCAAUAGAAACCUCAGCAAUGUGUGGUUCAUGAUUCGACGGGCCAAGGUCAAGGACGGUUUUGUUUCCAUACGGGUGCAUAACUGUUGUGGUAUAGACAGGGAGGUUGUGAACUUUGGGUACACAAGGUGGCCUGGAGGAGGUUGUGCAAGCAUUGGGGGCUUGCACGCCUGCAGCUCCGAGGGUGUGGUGACGAUGCAAGUAUAGUACAUUGCCAACCUGCAAAGUGGGCUUUGUAGAAACAGAAUGUCUACCAAUGACUUUGAGGGUUACAGCUUGCGGCUGGCAGACAAGCAUGGGCAACCAAGGAGCAUGCUCGCUGCUUCGUUGGAGAAAGCCAGCAGCUUCCUCGCAUCCAGUCCCUCUGGCAGGGUGCGUCUGCAGUAUUCACGAGAGCUUUUGCUAGAGCUCAGCACCAAGAAAGAGUGCAACGUCUGUCCAGCGGAAGUACCAACUGUCCUGAGAAAAGAUUAUACUGGACCCGGUGCCAAAGAGGACGAAGGCAUCCUCAUUCAAAGAGGCCCCCGAAAUACACCUGUAAAGGGAGCAGACGGCGAGGGCCGGUCCCCCCAAGAGAAUGGCCCUAGCUCUUGGCAACAUGAACGCGAUCGCGAUGCCUGGCGGCCUACAGGGAGGCCGCGUAGCUUUGAAGAUGAGACUGCGCACAUGGGUGGGAGGGGGCUUCAGCGGGGGGGCCCAGACAGAGAGAGGGACAGAUGGGACAAAGAGCGGGGCGAAAAGGAGAUUGGGGCAGGGCCCCAACGGGGCAAUGGGCCUCGCAAUUUCGCUGAAAAUCAUCGGCCGAUAAACCCCCCAGGCUUUGGUGGGGCGCGCUGGGGGGAAACCCGAGCAGGGCCAGGGGGGAGGUUUAGGCCGGACGAUAGGGACCGAGAGGGGUACAAUGGCCCGGGCCGCUUCCGAGGAGAUGAGGGCGGCCGCGGUGCUGGGCCCGGCCACCACGGUCCCGGGGGUCCUGCUCGGCCACUCUGGGAUCAUCCCUCAGGUCGGGACCGAGGGCCCCCAGGUGCAGGAGCCUCUCGCCCAGGUCCAGGCUUUGACAGAAGAGGGCCUUCAGAUGACAAGAGGGGCCCCCCUGCAAGGCCGACUGGCGGGAGUGACUGGGACACCGACAACUACAAAGAUGACGAGACGUUUGGAUUUGAUGACCCGAAGCAGCAGACCGGGACGGAGAAAGAGGAGGAAGAGAAGAGGCGCCGAGUCCAAUUCGAGAAGGAGUUUGAGGCGAUGCGGCAGGCGCGCCACAAGAAGCCCGAGGCCGCCGAGGGCGAGAACACGCCCAGCAAGAAGCACGACGAGGACGGCAUCUGGGACACCAACCUCAGCUUCGAGGAGUCGUCCACCACGACCACCGUCACCGCGGGGGGCCAGGUGAACCGCCGCACCGUCACCUCAACUUUGACCGGGCUGCGCGCCCCCCCCGGCUUUGGAGGGGGUGCCUUCAGAAAGGGCGAGGACCUGGCCGGGCCCGUCACGCCACGCACGCCGAGGGCGAGCGAUGGGGACUGGCGCAUCAACAAGCGCGUGGUGACUGAGGAGAGCGUGGAGCCCGCGAAAGACAAGACACCCGCCAAAGCAGCUGAAGCAGGGGCGGCGGGAGCGAAGGAAGGGAAGAGUGAAAGCAGCUGGCUCAAGACCCCGGGGGGGCCUAGCCUGCUGGACACUAUCUUUGCGUCAGGGGACAAGGGCGCAAAGGAGACGAAAGACGAGGAGGGGAGCGCGAAGGAGGGGAGCGCGAAGCGGGGGGAGAGCCUGGUGCUCAAGAACCUGUUCAAGAACGCGCACAAGAAGGUGUUCCCCGGGCUGGCAGAUGACGACCCGGUCACUGAAGCGGUGUUGAGCGACCGCUGGGCCGAUGCUGUCGAGGCAGAGGAAGCUGAUGCCAAAGCGUCCAAGUUCGCUCGAUGGUUUAACUCGGAAGAGCCCCGGCCUGCCAGUACGCCGGGUGCGGAGGCCCAAAAGGAGGAAAGCGUGCUGGCAUCGUCGGCCCUCCUAUCAAUCCUUCAGAAGCCUUCUGCCUCGGCACACUCAGAAGCCGCCCCAGCUCAAGGGGGACCCGCAAACCCGCUGGAUCUCCUGUUCCCCUCGUCGACUGGGAGCGCCCCAAAGGCCAUGCCAGCGGGCCCAUCCCUUGCUGAGAUCGAGCAGGCUAUGCAGAGCGCCGCAGGCGGACAGAAGAACGAAAGGGGCAGCAGCGGAGCAGGCAAGCAAGGAAGUAGGCCCACCGACGACCUUGUAGGGACACCAAAGCAGAGUGUCGGGGGCCUGCAAGAUUCGGCGCCUGAGAGUAAGCCGAAGGCGUCGAAAGCGGAGCCGGGCGGUGUGGCGGUCAAGGGGUUGCGGGAUCUGGUCGAGCAGGAGAAGCGGAAGGAUCGAAAGAAUGCCUCGGGUGGGGCCCUGCUGGGGCCUCUCGAGGACGUUCUGACUGGUAAGCCUGGCAACGGGGCCGGAACGGACGCGAGAAACAGGGCCCCCGAUGUACAGUUAGCAGAGCUGAGAACCGGUAAAGAGAACGAUGCGGGGGUGCCAGCCGGAGGGGCAAAAGCGGACUGGGCGGCAGACGGAAAGGCUUUGCUGUUUGGGGCCCAGACACAGGCGCCGGCGUCCGCCCCUGGCGGGAUGCUGGCGAGCAUCUUUGGAGCGGGGCCCGGGCCCAAGCCUGCGGGAGUGCCGGGCAAGAAAGCGGACGCACCUGUAUUCAUGACCCUGGAAGACAUUGAGAAAUCAUUGCUGGAGGAGGCGGGGAAGCCGCGAGCUGGGGAGGUGGCCAAGCCCCCGCCGGCGACUGCGGCGCCCACUCCGUCCGGGAAAGCAGACGUGGUUGCAUCGAUGCACCUCUUGUCGCUGCUUAAGAAGGGGCCGCAGACCGGGCAGCCUGCCGGGCCCAUGGAUGCCGGGCCUACGGAUGCGGAGCCAGAAAGCAAGGGGCCCGGUGGAGCAGACAGCAAGACCUUGACGGGAGCCGCCAAGGGUGGCAUCAACGGGUCCUUUCUGGAAGAGGGGGGUUGGAGCUUCCCCGAGGGUGAGGGUCCGAUGAGCGGAGCCGCUACCUUCUUCGGAGGUCCGGUGGAGAAGUCGAAAGCGGAAGUUGCUGGAAAGCAAGAGGGCUUGAGAGAGACGGGCAGAGAUGCGGGAACAAGGCCGCAGGCGACGCGCGAGGGGGAAUUCGUGAAUGGGUUUGGGGACGGCGUGCAGGAUGAGCCUGAGAUGGUGGGCGACCUGCUCAUGCGGCGCCACCUGGCGGGACACGACAUCGGGGCCUCCCGCUUCGUCCAGCUGGAAGGCCAGAGCGAGGUGGCGUUGGCAGAAGAGAACAUGCACCGGGUGUCCCGUUUGGGCGCUCCUGAAGGCAGUGGGUGGCGGGGGGGCCCCCCCGGCCCCUUCUACGGGGCCCCGCAAGCCCAGCAGCAGGCGCCCCCGGGGAUGGUCCCGCCCCAGGCGAUGCACCACCUCCAUCAGCAGCACCAGCAGCUGCCGCCUCACCUGGCGGGCCUCUGGCCGUACGGAGCAAACGGGGGCCCGUUCGGCCCGGGGCCCCCCUCCGGGUCCUUUUAUGGUGGAGAUCGCGGCCCAUACGCGGGCGAUGACAGGCAGAACCAAGUCCUGGAGCGGCAGGGCUCCGGAGCCAGCAACGGGCCGUCGCAGGGGGGGCCUUUCGGGCAGCCGCAAGGGCAUGCUGGGGGCAUGCAAGGCCCCCCGAUCCCUGGUAUAUUGCCGCCCUAUGCGUUUGACCUCCGGGGGCUGGUUCCCAUGGCGGGGCCCCAAGGCAUGCCGCCGCAGUUUGCGCACAUGAGUGGGCCGCUGCCCGGUGCCUACAUGCGCCCACUCUUCAACCUUCCGUACACGCCGGAGGGUCUGCACGGAGGAGGGCCGCCGCAGGCAAUGUAUGGUCCCCCCAGCAGCCAAUCAGGUCGCUCGGGAGAGCAGCAGCUUGGUCGUCCCCCGCCAUCUCAGUUCUUGGGCGGGGGUCCGUACGGCUCGGACUUUUGGGGCGGGGGUCAGCCAGGGGGCUUGAGCUCGGGAGAAGGCAUGCCUUCAGCUGCUCGGUAGCUGAGCGUAACGGAUGCAAAGCGGGAGCUCAGCAGGUCAACACCGAGGUCCGUGUCACAAAGGUAGUCACCGGGAUGAGGGCCUUACCAUGUCGCCACACGCCGGCCAGCGGCAACGAUUCUCAGGCGUUUGACAGAUGGUAUGCUCUAAAGGAAAUGCAAAAGCUUGGUGGAGAAUUUCGGUCGCAUUCAUCAUG